UCAAAUUAUUAUGUCAUAAACAAAAUUUUUAUACGAAUAUAAAGUUUUUUGUUAUGGUGGUACGGCUGCAAUGCCGUAAAGUUGGUAGCGCGUAAAUGUAUAGUAAGGCUCAUGUUGUCCCAUUGUAUUUUGUUGUGAUAUUGAGUUUAAGAGUGUUGACAGUUUUCAAAAUUGUGUUACAGAAAUAAUACAAAUAAUUUCAUUUGUUUUUUGAAUUUUCAAGUAACAUGUAUUACUUGGAUGUUUGUUUAGAACUUGAAGACUCUUCUGAUAUUGAAUUAGGUCAUGUUAUCCUAAAGAAGAACAUACUAGAAGCAGUGAAGCAAUUUUUUGGAGAAGAAGGGGCCAAAUCUAAGAUUGAUAUACUAAAAUACAAUAUUCCAGAACGUAGAUUUGUUUUACGUUGUGAAAAUGGUUUUUACGUUAAAUUACGAGCAUCUUUAACAGUGGCAGGAUACUUUGAAGGCAAGCCAUGUGUAUAUAACGUACACAGAGCAUCACCGAAUUUACUAUCAUUUGUUGGUGAUAGUAGAAAUUAUGAACAUUAAUGAAUAACAUUUGAUGAAUGAACGUUUUAUAUCUUUUAUACAAUACUUUCAUCGAUAAAUCGUCAUAUCAGUGUUUUAAAAAAGACUUUGAACAAUAACUUUUUUGUAUAACAUAUCUAUAUACAAAGUCGAAUUAACAAUUAAUUUGUAUAAUAUUUUCUUGCCAUAUAGGAUAUUCAUAUUAAGCGCGUUUUCGAAAGUAGUGACAAUUUUUAUCGACAGAGGGCACACUGUUAGAGAAACUAGCGUCCUACGUUACGUAGGCUGGCCAGUGACGUCAUCUGUUGUCUCCCUCCCCUCUCAUGAGUUGACUCUCCCUAUUAGUCGUCCAUACGUACAAAUUCCGUGGACAGCAGCAGCAGUACACUACCACUACCACAUAACGGUAGACUUUACUCGGUUGGAUAGAUAAGGAUAGAUUGAAAGAAAGAGGGAGAAAGAUAUAGUAAAUGAUUGAGUGAGAGAAAGAGAGAGAGUGAGAGAGAAAGAGUGUGUGCAGUGAAGGCUCGGCACACCACUACACACCACCAUCUCCACCACCACUAUUUCCUCUGAUCGACGUCACCAUCGUCUUCAUCGCCAUAGUCCGUGCAUAGUGCCCAUGAGUUUGGCGUUUGUCUUGUGUUUCGUGUUAAUAGUAGGAUGUUGUUUAUGUUAACGACCUUUAACGCGCCCAAAGUAACGAAUAGGACAUUGAAUAAGUGUUCAGUGUAGUGUGACAUUCGUUUAUCGAGUAAAACAAAGAGAGAAAUAGUUUAUUCCUUUUUUUUCUUUUUUCUAAUUUCAUUAUAUGUAUAUAUCUUUUUUGA